UAGGGGUUAGGGUUAAGGGUUAGGGUUAGGGUUAGUAGCAGUACUGCUGUACAGUUUUACCUAAAGGUGCCAUACAUUUUAAAGUGAAUUUUAAGUUGUAAGUCACCAUUUUUAUAAGCAUAAAUAUCCAGCUUUUUAAAAAGGGGACAAUUCCAGUUGUGUGGAGAACAAAGGCUAGUUAUCAACCCCAAGUACAUACAUCUGAAACAGACUGAUAACAGCUAUAGAGGACCCUUAUAUGCAGUUGUCCCCUAUGUGGAUAUAUGUGUCAGCACAGUAUGUAUCUGAACCUACACACACACACACAUCUAUUCUGGUGACUCCAGUUAGGAGUUAGGGCUUAAGGGUUAGGGUGCAGCAGUUUGGGUGUAAUGUUCUGGGUUACACUGUCUUGCAGUAUUCUGGGUUCAGUGCAGUAUUCAGAGUAAUUAAUCACUACUCUCUCUUAGUCUCAUACACACUGUCUGUCUUCUCCCUCUCAGCCUGUAUCUGUCUCAGAAACACAAGUAUAGACCCACUUCCUGUGCUCUGUGCGUCAUUUUCUCACAGCUGCAGCCUAACAGACAGAGAGUGAGUGAGGAAGCGACUGACCAAAAUUCUCAGGACUACAGAAGGGUUCCAGCAGCCUGCAUCUCCCUGGAGUCAUUCACAAUCGUCGGUGGGUGUGCAGACUCCAGCCUUCUCCUCCCAGAGCGUUGUGGAAACCAUGGAUGGAUUACGCCUGCCACCACUUCUAGAAGAAGCUCUGGGUUCCCCAGACAAGAGUAGUGAGCUAAAGACAGUGGAGGCCCUGAUGGAGAAGCAAGAGAAGGCGGAGCAGGCGGAGCAUAUGCUGUGUGAGCAGGUGGAACAGGUGGAGCUGGAGGAUUUGAGGGCUCAGGUGCUCCAACUGCUAGUGGAAUUGGAGGAGGUGCGAGAUGCAUCCCAGAAGCAGGAUGAGAGUGGAGCAGAACUACAGGGUCUGUUGGAGGAUGAACGCUUGGCCAGUGCCCACCAGGCGGAAGCCUUCACUCUGCAAAUUCAGUGCCUACAAGCCCAGCUGCAAUCUGCUCAGGAGGAGUUGGAUGCCUUGGAUGAGCAGAAGGAGCGAGAGCUGGCGGAGGCACAAGAGGAGGUACGCGUGGCUCGGGAGGAGGUGCGGCUGCUCCAGCAGGGAGCUGAGGAGGCCGCAGGAGAGCGUGAGAAUGACAUUGCCAGCCUGCAGGAGGAGCUGUGCCGACUCCGCGCUGAACUCGGCUGCAUGGAGAGCUCAGCACAGGAGUACGAGCUGGAAAUGGUGACACUACGAGCAGAAAUCGCCAUGAAGAGCCAACGGCGUGAGCAGGAGAGGAGAGAAGGAGAAAGGAGAGAGGGUGAGAUGGAGCAGCUGAGGGGAGAAUAUGCUGGAGUAAAAGCAGAGUGUGAGACACUGAAGCAGGCCAACAGCAGACUGGCACAGAGAUUACAGCUGAUACAGUGUACAGGCUCUGAAAGCACAGGAGAGGCUGUGAAGCCCGAGGGAUCAGGAUCAAACCACAGGCUGGUGGAUGUUUGUAUCCAGAAGAACAUUUCCUUUGAAGACAAGCCGCUCCCACCUGGCAGCUUGGGUGGAGGCUUCUCCGAGGUGCUGUCUCUACGGGACCAGCUGAAGCAGGCGGAGGAGCGAGCUGAGCAGGUGCAGAGGCAGUGUGAUAGGGUGCGGACUGACCUGAGGGAACUACAGGACCUGUUUGAGACCAGUCAGAAGGAGCGGGCAGAGUUGGAACUGGAGCUGUUGCACUGUAGGGAGGAGCUAGAAAAGAUAACAGAUGGGAGCGAGCAACAGUCCUCCACUCAGCCAUCUGUUCUCUCGCUCCCUUUCCUAGGAAUGACUGUCAUCGUCGCUGUUCUUUGGUGCUGCUGGUGUGAGCUGGCAGUCUAGAGAACCAAAGGGGAUCUGUGUGUAUGUCUGGAUGGACUCCAGCAGUACUGCAGGUGUCAUUCUCUGUGUGCUUGUGUAAUAUUGCAUCUAUUGACCUUUCAUCAGUGGGGGGCUUGACUCCGCCCCUGCUCUGGCAACACGUGAGCUUGUGCUUACAUGCCUGUGCAGACCCCGUGGGCCUGAGCCAGCCCUGGCACAGACUCUGCAUGCUGUGACCCUGUAACCCUGUGUCCCUGUGACCCUAUGAAUCUGUGACCCUGUGACCCUGUGACCAGAAGGUGCAGUGGGAGCUCCCUUUACUAACUUUACUCCAUUCUGAUUUUUAAAAAUUGCUUGUAAUGAAAUUACACUUAAUUUAAUUUUUAAAAUGAACUCUGUUUCAUAGACAUUAAUUUAUUCAUUUAUUCAAGCGUUGUUGUGUUGUAUAGAAUGUUCCUUUAUGUGGUGUUAUGUGAAAAAAGCUAAAAUAAUAAAUUUUGAAUUACUAAUAGACAAAAAAGGUUUUGAAUGCAAUAAGUAUGCAAAGCUUUUUCUCUAUCUCUAAAUCAGGGACAAAAUUGAUAUGUCAUAAUAAUGUGUCCCCAAUUUAGUCCAGAUGUCUUCUAGUCCUGGUAUCCUACAGACCAGGUGUUCUGUAGACCAGGUGUCCUGCAGCACACACACACUCUGCAGAAGACUUUUUAGUGUGUUUACACAGAUGAAGAUAUAUUUGUAUAUUUGGAUGUUUUUAUAAUAGUCUAGGGUUAUGGGAAACCCUAACCUAAAAUAUGUUACAAAAGUUUCUUUUUGUUGGUGUUUUUCCCUCUUUCCAGGGUGUUUCUGGUAGAGUACAGGUGUUGGUUUAUAGUACUUAUCAUUGUUUAAGAUAGACCUUAUGUAUUUUGUACUUCUAGGUAUCAGCAUUCAUUCCUGUAUUCUACAGUAU